UGCGUUCCAACAAGACACGACGCAAGAGGGUGGAUAGACCAAAUUUGUGGAGGUUCGGGGGCAGUUGUACACCACGAAAAUCGGCCAGGGUCUGUAUCAGCGGUAAUGGCGGCACACCACUGGGAGUUACUGGGGGAACUGCGGCGGCAGAUCACAGAUCUGGAAAAUGCCAUCUCUCGCAUCAACUCAGUCAAGAGGAACCUACAGGCAAACUCUGCUGAGGUGAAGUCGCAGGUGCAUGCUGCGAUCAGCCGGCAGCUGGAGGCCCUGCGCAGCCGCGAGGUGUGGCUGCUGAACCAGGUGGAGACCCUGCAGCACGCAAAGGAGGACAUCCUACAUGGACAGCAGACACAGCUCAGCGAGGCCCUGGGUGAGGCUCGUAACUGUGCCGACCAUGUGGAGGGCUGUCUGCGAGGAGACCAGGAGGAGAACUGUGACUCGGCCUGUAUCGAGAGGGUCCUGGCAGACAACCUCAACAAGAUGAAGGAGUUGAACAUGGAGCCAGAGGAGACCUCCUGUGUAGAAUUCUCGGCAGACACCACCUGCCUGCGGGAGUCUAUCCAUCGCUUCGGCCGUGUGGACUGUAAGAACCCACGAGCUGAGGACCUGGUCUUCAGUACUGCAGGUCUGAAGGCGGCCAGCCUGCCCUCCCCGUUUGAGGAGUACGGAGACCAGGAGCACCACGUGUUGUACAAGACUGUGGAGGAUGCACGCAGGCAGCAGGGACAGGAGGUGGUGUACCAGGCGCCUCUCCCUGACCUGAGGAAGGAAGACUGGCUUGCUCGUGGACCAAUCACAACUCAGCCGCAGAGGAACAGCGAGCAACAGGACGGCGCUUCUUCCCGCCCCAGGUUCGGCUCGCUGGGGAAGGUGAACAUCUCCGCGGCGCCAAUGUGUAUCCAGGACUGGCUGCUUCAGAUCCGCCACGAGGACGGGAACGGGAGCCACGGGGCGUCCGCAGAGGAAGACGGCGACUUCGUCAUGCUGGACGGGAAAAUCUCCUGCUCCCAGUCCGCCACGUCGGAGUCAAUCGAGAUGGUUAGUACAUCCGACGUGCUGGCGCCGUCCGACUGGCUGGCGAGAGACGACAAGACCGCGGCGGGCAAGCCGUACGACGAGUUUCCUUACUUCGAGGACAUCAAGAAGAUGAAGGAUUGGAUCCUGAAGUACGAGGAGGGGGUGAAGUCGUCCGGUGGAUGCUGCUGCGCUUCGGACGUCUCCUCCGGUGCUGUGGAGAUCGAGAACCUGGGCCGACUGUCCUGCGCGAAGGCGGCGACGGUACACAAGUACUUCCGGGACGUCCCGUCCGCUAAGGAGGCGUGGCUGAUGAAGAACGUUCCGCGGGACGUCCGCACGCUCUGCCGCGCUAACGAGGUGUGCCCGUCCUUCAGCGACUGCCUCUGUGAUGACCAGAACUGCCAGCAGCGGGCUUCGUUUGACCCCGGCCACGUCGGCCAGUACGUCCAGCAAGCCUCCAGUAAGAUCACCGACUGGCUGCUGAAGCCCAAGAACCCCUCUCUUCAAAAGGAGUUGGAUGAGUCGCCCAUCUUCACCUACUUCCGAACCAUCAUGUCCGACCCUGCCUAUUGGCUGGCCGCGGGAGCGCCGAAAGCCGCCUCCGAGCCCCCAAAGCCGUCUCCAUUCGACAACGCCUUCGCUGCUAUCACAGCCCAACCCUGUAGCUACUGGCUGGCCCACCGUGGGGAGCCCAACACGAACAAGGGCUGCCCUCACUUCUCCUUUAAGGAUGAAGGCACCAAGAACUGGCUGCUGCCCACGGAAGGAAAGGAAGAAGACUCGACCCCCACCCCACUCGUUGCCUGUGUCGUUGGCGGCUUCAAGCAGAUUGAAUCCCAGCCGAAGAGCGUUUGGCUCGCAAAGAAAUGUCCAGCAAGUCAGCCCGGCAAGCCGCAGGGCCCAGAUGCAGUACAGUUUGUCCUGGAUGGUUUGCAGCAGCUGCUGAUACAGCCCAAAGAGGCCUGGCUUGCACGUCCGGCUAAUGAGGUUGGCAGCACCCACGGAAGCACUGUAGACAACAAGGGAUGGCUGCACAGGGGAGGGGAAGAACACCAGCUUCCAGAAACAGCAGAAACGGCAACGGAAGAAGAGCUAGGGUUUGAUCCUGAGAAUGCGUCAGUCCAGAUGGCACUGGGGGGCCUGGAACAGUUCAUGACCCUGGGCAAAGAGGCGUGGCUUGACCGCGGAGCGAAGAAACUCGCAGUAGAAAAAGAGGAGGCCACAACAACCGACACAGACAACACUACAGAAGAAGAAGAACAACUAGGAUACAACCCAAACAACCCAGCAGUGCAGACUGUCCUCGGGGGUCUGAAGCAGUUCGAAACGCUCGGGAAAGAGGCGUGGCUGGAAAAGGGGAGGGCCAGUCCUUCUACAACCGAGACCAAGAAAGCCGGCCGCUCAGCCAAGGUGGACAAACUCAUGAAGGAGGUGGAAGAAAAGGUGCAAGACGACUACGACCCUGAAAAUGAGAUGGUCAAGGUCGUUCUUCAAGGGUUCGAGCGUAUCCACGCCAAGAGGAAGGAGGAAUGGUUGGACCGAGGUGACCGUGAGGCGACCAGGAAGAGCAAAGCAGGGCCUUCGGACGCGUCCGUCAACAAGUCUCCCUGGCUGCUACACAGGAAGGAAGAGGGGAGCGUCCAGUCCAACAGUGAUGCAGUGAAGUUUGUCCUGGGAGGACUCAGUCAGAUACACAACAUGGACAACAAGAACUGGCUGGACAGGAGUGGUGAGGCUCAGCAGCCUGUAGUGAAGAACAGCUGGAUGUGGAGGCGUGACCAGGACCUGGCCCAGUGGCUGGCCAAACCUGCCUCCAAGUAGUGAGAACCAUGCUGCAACUGGCCAGAUGGUCACACCAUGGAAACCCCACCUACACCAUGUUAUCAUCUGUAAUUUACUGUCAUUAUAUCUCUAUGGCAACCAUACAUGUAGUUGUCCACAUCUGCUGUCAGUCGCCAUGGUAACAUGUUACCAUGGAUACCAGUGCUGAUGUCAGGCACUGCUGCUUUGCUGCUUUAGCACUUAGGUAGAAAAAUUACGCCAAGAACAUCUAGAACAUUCUCUUUUUAAAGAAUACCUGGUGCUUAUUAUCACACGGAGUAAUUCACACAUCAGUAUUUAUUAUGCUAUGAUUGAAGUGCAGUGUUCUAGCCAGUGUCCAAAUUUCCUUCAUUUCUCAGACUUUUGCCAGACAAAAAAUUUGCCCAUCCUGACAGCUUUGACAGACAGCUAUCAGCGUGUAAAGAUAUGGAAAGAGAUGUCAUCAAACUAAGCUUUGUCUACAAACAAAAUUUGCCCCUCAAAAUGGAGGAAAUAGCAUUUCAGAGGGUCAAGAUUUCAAAAUUUUCCCAGGGGAGCAUGCCCUAAGUAGGGUGUUGCACCUUCAGUACUCAACAUGAAAAAAAUUGAGAUGACAGAAAAAAAAUUCAAGCUGGUUAGAACACUGGAUUGAAGGGUUUAAUGCAGUAAAGACACAUGUGGAAUAAUCAAAAAAUUGAUUAAAAUUUUAAAAGAUG